CCUUACCGAAUCUCUAACGCCAGAGCCAGAACAGAAGCCCUUCCAGUCCGUCCUCAGUCUUGCCUGUUCUGGGUCCAGGGGUUGCAUACAAUUACAACCCGCCAGCUGAACGAGACCCUUAGCAGCAGCCAAAUCCGCGACUUUGACCUGACCCGACCUGACCUGACUUGACCUGAACUCAAAUCAAAUCUACUGAGCAAACAGGACAGGACAGGAGAGGAGGACUGAGACCUGAUCGACACGCCGCGUUCCUCCAACCUACCUUUUUUUCCUUUCUCACCUUGACUUCGACCUCUCUUUUGUUUGUCUUUCAAACUUUGGACAGUCCCUCGUUGACCACUUUUUGACAUUGCUCGCUUUUGCGACAUUGCGAUAAUCCACCUAUCUGGCAUCGCCACUGGUCUUCCUGCUAUACUGCAAGGUUCACUUAUCGACCAAGCAUAUUGCCGUUCAGCCACCUCGAAUCGCGCUCCCAUCCCCCAACAUUUCGCACGUUGGCAGAACAGAACAAGAGCCCGGGCCACAAUCCCAAUUCUGUGCCCGUCCGAGUUUAUUUCGGCUCGCCUCGUACAAGGCAAACGAAACUUCCGGUCAGCGACCACUUCCCUGUCCCCGACGCAUUGUUUGGGAGACCUUUGCAGGUCUACCCCCGAUAUAUAUAGAUUGCAGCCAUGGCGACCUCACACGGCGACCUGGCCAUGCCGCGGCCUACCUCCGGCAUCAUCUCCCCCCGCGACGUGAGAUCUAGGACACAGAGUAUCUCGAGCGAUCGACCUUCAACAAUUGCCCACAGCCUCAUGUCGCCGCCACUCGCUGUAUCACCCUCAGCGGCCUUCAUCGCUGCUUCGGCCGCUUCUCAGAUCGUUACAAACGACCACGAUAGCCAUGCUGAUACCUGGUACGAUCAGCACGGUGUUGAGCCAGCUAGCGACCCUGCGCUCGUCUCGGGAGAAGCACUACAGCUUGUCAACAAUUUUCUUGACCAGCUGCUUUUCAACUUCCUCUCCAAAUCCCAAGCUACUACUCUCGCCAACUUAAGACCUGCCGUUUCGGAGGUGCUAAAACCCAAGCUUGCGAAAGAUGCCGUCAACAAUGCCGAUGAGGAGUUACGUGAAUACUUGGGCGACGGUGAUGAAGAAGAUUAUGUGCCGCCUACUGGCGACAAAGCGCGUGACUGGGACCUGGAAUUGGUUUGGAAGCGUACCCGUCUUAGGUGCAUGGUCUACUCUUCCUUAGGCGAUAUGGAGGAGGAAGACGAGGACCUCUACAUGGAACAGGAGAAUCUCGAGCUAGGCGCCAACGAGUCUGUCUCCGAUAUUAUUUCACCAGCUGUUGCAAUUUUCCUGACUUCUGUUCUGGAGUAUAUGGGCGAGCUCACCCUUACUGUCGCGGGACAAGCCGCAUACCACAGAUUGCGGGCUAAAUACCAGAAGGAGAUCAAUGAAGGGACCCGAAACCCCGCCGAUGUCGCCGACCGCAUUGUAGUCGAAGAGCAAGACAUGGAGAGGGUGGCUCUCGACCGAACACUCGGGCGAUUGUGGAGGGGCUGGAAGAAGCGGAUACGGUCACCUGUGAUCGAUCUAAAUGGCCGCCCCUUUUCAAGGGCGUCUAAUGGCCAUUUAAGACAAGACAGUGUGUUCACUGAUUCGCCCGCUUUAAGCCGGGUCCCAACCCGUGAUGCAGAAGCUGAGGCACAAGAUGAACCUGUUGAUCCAGCUCAAGUCGCGCUUCCUAUUGGAAGUAAUGAUGUGGAUGAAAUCGAGAUCCCUGGUCUGGCUUACAAUAGCGAUGAUGAAGACGAGGAAUUAGAGGCAGAGGAGGAAGUUGGAGGGCGCCGACCUAAGAGUUUGUUGAUCCUACCCCUGGGAAUUAUUCAGGGCCUUCCUACGCCAACCUUAUCGCAACCUAACACUCCCGACUUUGUUGGUCGUAAGCGUUCGAACUCGCUUCCAACACCCGGCGCAUCACCAUAUGGUGCUGCUGCUAAAAGAUCGAAGGAGAAGGAGGCUGUGCCUGUCGAGGCUAGUGUCGUUGAGGAGCAACAAGAGCCCGUCGAAGAAGUCAAGACGGAGCAAAUCAGCAGCGAGAAACUCCGGGAUGUUAAGGAGAUCGAUGGAAGCAAGCCUAAAGACGAGCUUGUUCCGGAGCCAGUGGCUCCCAAGAGCAAGCGGUUGUCAAAGAUUAUAACAAGCCGCAUUCAGUCAAGACAGGAGAUCGCAGACGAGGAUCCGACUUACGAGAAGGCAGAGAUCCUGACAUCAGCCCGAGUGUCAGUUGCUGGCAGCUCUUCGCCAGCACUGUCCGAUACUGGUGGUCCGUUCCCACUGAGGAGAUCAUCAAGUGUGCACUCAGCGCGUAUCAUCGAUGUAGCUGGUCCUAAGAGUCCCAGCGGGUCGCGCUCACCCUCAGCUGAUGCUGCGGAUCGUAUCCGCCGGGCGAGUCUGACCAUACCUCCAAGCAGUGGUCUCUCCAAUGGUGUCAGCGUAGUUGAUGUGCAAGCUCAGAACCCCCCCGCAACCUCAACUCGCCCAGGUCCGAAAAGUCGGUCUCCAGUCGAUGCCAUGCGAGGUUCUGUGCCAGCUGCUGCAACAAUCUCUGAGUCUGACGAGGAGAUGGAUCGAAAUCGAACCAGAGAGCAGAGGCCUCACAAGUAUAUUGCUUAUCAGCCUUCCACACCAACUGUUCCAGAGGCUGCCUCCCCCACCGAGGCCAAACGACCUCAAACUAUUGUCGGAUCCCCACAUCACUCACCUGUUCUUCAACAAUCUUCAUCCAGUACCAAGGUGGCAUCCACGCGCCCUGCAAGCACCUCUGAAACCAUCACUGAGAAGUCUGCUGAAGUUCUACGAAAGCCGGCAGGCUACUCAAACCGACAUGCUGCACGAAAUGACAAGGCACCUACUUCUCCCACUCAUAGUAUUGGCAUGGUAUCCAUAGAGCGAUCAAGGACAAGGGAAUCGGACGAAGAUGGAGGCAACGCGCAGACCCCUCGGCCUAUUCACACUUCGGGCUCAUCAGGCUCCUCAGGUACAAGUCGACUUAAGGCUGUUCGAACUUCCGAGGACAAUGGAAGCCGUUCAGCCAUGGCCCGUAACUUUGAGGAGCUGAUCCAGAGCAACCAAACCAUCACAUAUACGCUGACGCCUGAGAAUAUGCGCAACAUGGAUCACAAGCAGUCACUCGACAAUUCAGUGUUUAAGGGAUCCAUGAAGAAUGAUGAUUCUCGUGCUCAUAACCACUCCAGGUCUUCUUCUGCGGCAACCGACAUGAAGAGGGCAUCUCCCCAUCACCGGGUUGGCGACGAUAGAAUGAAGCCAUUACCCUCUCCUAACCCGAACAGACCACGUAUGUCUGCUGCACCAAGAGACGCUCGGGUUCCCAGCGAAUCAACUGCGGAUUUUGCAGAAUUUAUCAAAUCUACUGGUCCCGCAGGAGACAGCCGUCCUAUGCAACUUCGAAAUGUGAGCAGCCCAAAUACCCCCAGCAAGACCAGCCUCGAUAGCCGUCGUGUUUCGUCGGCAAGCAAUCGGAAUCGAUAUAUGCCCCGUGAUGCUGUGGUCGAGUCCCGUAGUGGCAGCUCGGAUCUAAUCGACUUUAUCCGACAGGGACCCCCAGGCGCAAAUAGCAACCGUAUUCCUCACAAUAUCGCACCCUGGGAUACAACCGGUGCCGAAGAGCCAGCAGGUGGUAAGGCCGUCGACGCCAACAUUCCCGAUAUCCGAUACAGCCAGGCUUCAACUUAUGGCACCGAGUCAUCAAUGCCUUCGAUUCACUCAUCUAUCAACUCCAACACGGCCCUUUUGAAGAACAAAGGACAGCCUGCUCCGACGAGCAAGAUGUUUGAUGAAGAUGACAUGAUGCCUAAACGCAAGACUCGACGUGUCAAGGAUCCCUACGCCAUUGACUUCAGCGACGAUGAGGAUGACGAGGUCUUGCUUGCAACGCCCAAGCCUCCUGUUAAGAAGGAAGAGAGCUUGGCAGAGUUUCUCAAGAACUACGAGCCUCCACCGGAGCCUGUGACGACACCCAUCUCACAGAAGAUACCAAAGAAGAAAGCCAGCGCACCGAGCUUGAUUGGGAGAUUCACUCGCAAGGAGAACAAUUAUUCCAACACUGCACCUGCAUCGCCUCAAGGCAACGACACUCGAUCUCUAAGCAGCCGUGCAGGCUUCAGGAAUUAUAUUCCUAUCCAGGUCAACGUUCCAUCUGGAUAUGACAAGUACGGGAUGCCUACUGGUGAGAACUCAUCUCGCCCUUCACAGCCUGCCUCGUCAGCGUCCUCUGGGCGUCGCGUUCCCAUGAAGAAGUUUGAGCCUCGAGAUGCAGUAUCGAACGUUUCACGUACGUCGGACUUGGCAGCAUUUUUGCGCACUUCGGAGCCUCCGCCAGAGCCUGUGAUGGCUCCUCCACCUCCCAAGGAAGAGAGCAGCAGUAGUCUAUCGAAGAUGUUCAGUCGCCGAAAGAAGUAAUCGACGACAAUAUAUGUUGUCUAUGCCUACGGCCUGAUUUAUUUUUUUGCCGUUGCUUUUUGCGAAAAGAAAAAAAAAACGUUCUAGACGAGGAUCUAUACGCUCAUGAGCUCAUGUACUUCUUAAUCUUUAUUACCUGAUGUCGGAUUGUGAUAUGGGAUCCCGGGACAUGGGUCCAGAAUGCGAUUCAUACCGUCCAUGGGCGGAUUUUUAGUUUGGCCUUGUCAUUUUUGUCAUAUGGCAUCAGCAUGCAUCUUGAUAUGCCUUCUGGAUGUCUCGGGAAGGGUUUUCGUGUCUUGUUGUCAGUCGAAGCGCAGAAAAGAGACUGCAUGGGGCUCUCUGGCGAGGUUGAACGUGUACAAAGAAGAUGUAUGAGGGUGAACACGCUUCAAGAAUAAAUUCUUGCACUUUUGACUCGACGGGGAUGUGUCUGCACAUAUCUGAAGCAUGCAUUGCACUAUCAAUCCUCCAAUUUCGAAGUUACAGUCACAAUGAGUAUCUAUUAACGCCAGACGAUGAUGAAACAUGAUAUGAUAUAUCGUAUCCUAGACCAUUGGAGUGUUUGCUAGCUCCCAUAGUAUGUAUAACCGCAAGACAGCUGAGCCAACCGCUCUAAGCCGACGUUUACGCACAUUGUGACAAAGAUCGAACGAGGAAUACACUGCGACAACCUGGGCGGCAGAUAGAGUUGCGAUUUCCCUUAAUUUGCUUGCCUCAUCUUUACGAUUGGCAGAUUUGAACGCGGAAGAUCUGUGGUUCGAGUCGAUCUAGGAUCCGAACUGGUCAAGCUCUAGUAGAAAUUACUGGCUACUAAGCUACCUACCUGUCACAUUGGAAUUUACAAUGAUACGUCAAAUGACAGAAUCGGACCUAUCUUUGCGGCAUUGUCGGACGCAGUCGCCUUGUCAAGGCUGGGGGUUGGCUUCAGGCGAACCAUCAGACGAGAGGCUGAGGCUCUUCCCCCAAUGACCUGUAGAAGGGUUGCAUGAAACUGCCAGAAGAACUCAUACUUCAAUCUUGAGUCUAUAGUGAGUUGUCGCGUCACUCAAACUGCCAUUGUUUGUACCUGGGUCUAGCAUAUGAGGUUGCAUUGCCUGAGCCUGAGCCUGAGCCUGAGUGUCCACAUACAUUCAUGAAGGAGUCGCCUGCAUAUGACAUGAUUGCCCUGAGCCGACUUGAUUCUUGGUUGAGAAUUCACUGAAUCCAUGUGCCGUCCUGUAUAAACCCGUUGGGUUCUAUUAUCACUGACUAUGGUUUCUCAUAUUUGUAGAAAUGUAUUUGCUCCAAGACGAUCUCUGACAGGGCUAUGGAAGGCCUCAAGGUCACGCAAUAGAACUGAGGCCUCUUCCACACACACAAAUGCACGCGCACGAGUUCAUCGCCAAGGGCAUGGAUAUGAAAGAUCAAAACCAUGUGCACUCCCGUUGCCCAUACUCAUCAUCUGGUAAAGCGAGGGCCGUGAUCUGACAAAGUUGGCAGAUGCGAUGGGAUCCUCCUUUUGUGGCGAUGCAGACUCACCAAAAUCCUGGUUUGAUGACCAUAGUAUGCCUUUCUGUCCGCGACUUGUUUCCGAACGGGCAGAGGUGCCAAGAUGGCUAUUUACACCUUGAGCUUGGGCUGCAUAAUUCGGGAACCCCUGAAGAACAUAUUCUGGGUCGAACGAAAUGAGGAUGAUGGGCCUCAAUUGUCCGUAGGCCAUAUGAGUUGGUGAAUAUACCAAUAUUCGCUCAUCCAUAGACCAUUCGAUCCCCUGAAUAGGCUGGACGGGGUUGACAACGCCUUGGAGCUGAGCCAAGUCACUAUCGUAGUGGCAUGUUUCUUGGUCUCGUGGCCAUAUGUUGACUGACGGUUUCUGUUUCUUGGGCUGCACUCUGAGCUGCAACAUCGAGUCAGGGCUGUAAGCCUCAGAAACAAGGUCGAUGAAAGCACCGCACGAUGGGUUGUAUGAACGCACAAAGCAUUCUUGGAGGGUGUAUGCUUUGGCGUUAGAUGGGCUGUCACCAAUGUGGAUCGUCUCACUUGAUCGUUCUUCAAAAUGAUUCUCGCUACUCCAUUCAUCUUCUUCGAGGCUAUCCACGGCUGACUCUGGCGGAGAGGGCAGAGAAGGCUCUGACUGAGGGGCUUCUUCUUGUUUGGCAAAGUCAAGCUCCUUUUUGUAGCACGUCCUCUGGCUGCCUGCAUUUCCCGGGAACCACUCCUUUCGGGUCUCGACAAUGAAGAGAUUCCCUGUUUUCUCGUCUUUAGUGAGCUGCAAUGAAGUCCAACGCUCGUCUACUGCGCCCUCUGAGUCAUGAAGACGCCAUAGGUUGCGCAUCGGAGGCUUCUCGCACUUCUCGUAGAUCGCAUUGUCCACGGGGAACCUCACAACUUGGUAGAAGUUAUUGCGCAUUCCAUCAUCGGCUUCUGUUCUGAACGUGUUCGAAACACAGUAAAAUUGACCGUCGAUGAUUUCAAAGCAGACGUCGGACCCUAUACUCUCCCCGUCAAGGUCCCAUAGAAUCAGCUGCGAAUCAGCCCACGUGCGAGUCUGGAGAUUGAGGCAAUGAAUUCCCCAUCUGUAGCUGCCAUCUAGUGUGGCAGUUGAUUUUGAACCCCAGAACAGGUAAUUCUUGUCAUUGCGUACAAAUAGCGGGUGUCUUGAACACGGCCUUUGUACGACAACCCAUGUGGGAGAAUCUCUGAGCUCGAAGAUGAUAAGCCAACUGCUCGUGGUGGAAUCUCGGACAACUUGAGUGGCAAGACACGAUAAGAUGCCCUCGGCGUAGUAAAGGGGCUCAAAGGUGUGCGGUCUUUGACCAUCGAAGUCUCUUACUGCGAGCUUGAGAAGUAGCGGAACAUCGACUAUCCUUUCAGACGUGAACUUUUUGUCGAUUGUGCUGAGGACACGGAGAUGGUCGCUAUUGACAGUGUAGCACAAGUGUCCAUUCGUAUAGAUGAAACGAUCCGCCAUGGCAACUAUAGCAACCAUCCAUGGCUCUGCUGCCUGGACCGCUAUUCGCCGCUUAGCAAGCUUACGGAAUGACCUUGGAAAGUCCUUGGUAGACUGCGCCUCCUGAGCCUCUGCGGAAUACGGCGCCUUCUGAGAUGUUGUCAGCGGGGACUAUCUCACCAUUGGAAGACAAGAGGCCGGGACGAACCAAGAGGGCAAGACGACAGAUUCGUCUGUCGUAGAGAAUGUAGGUCAAUGAUUUGCAGGACAGCGCCAAGUUGAACACAUCUUCAACGUUGAGCAACUCAACAAGAAGAGAGACAAUCUCGAGAGGUAGUUUAAGAAUGCUCAUGGCGAUGCUGCGAAGAGAGAGCGAGGAGACAAGAUUCUGUUGAGCGGCGUGGGUUCAUGUUCACAAGCGGCUAGAUAUACCGAGCUGUAUACAGAAUACGACGUUAUUCACAGCGCCCUGGUCGUUAUUAAGUCCCUCAUUACGGGAGAAGAGGGGAGCAGAGCCGCAAGACUCCUUGAGCUCCGAGUCACGAUCCACAGCCUCGUCGGGUUCAAGGAGCCUGCCUACCCCUGCUCAGAGGAAUGCCAACGAAUUCUUGGACGCCCCAUGUCUUUGUUUCCAAAUUCGAUUAGUCAAAAGAGCAAUCAUGGCGAGUUGGAAAUUCGUGGUUGGUUGGUGUUUGGGUCAAGAGCAAGUUUUCGCAGAGAAUGAGGCUCUUUAGCUGACGAUCGCUUAGAAGAGUCUAAGCUCGCGUGCCACUGUUUUCUUCUUCUUUUUUUCUUUUUUUCUUUUUUUCUAUUCAGGUCAAGGUGACCAAAGCUUGACCUCGAUGUGCAGGUCCUCGACGUCGCGAGGAUAUCGAGAUGGUGUAUGUAGAGUCUAAGUUAGGUUAAACAUGUGUCUUCAGACUUGAUCCGUCGUUGUACUAAGCAAUUAGUCUCGUGGCGCAGUCGGACUAAUCGUCGUACUAACGACGAACAUGGUGUAACUCGUU